AACUAUUUUCAUGGAAACAGAUCAAUAAUAAAUAAAUUAAGAGUUUUAGACUAAACUGCAAUGAUUUUGGAGUUUUAGACUAAACUGCAAUGAUUUUGGAUGGUACAUUCAAUGACAAUUGAGAUUUGAUGUCAAUGUAUUUGUGAUUUGUCAAAUAAUUAAUUCUUAUCUUUUUCAAGAAAACGGCAAAUUAAUUUCAAAAUUUAGACAUUUGAUUAUCGAUUUAUUUUGUAUUGUAGCAUUUUGAUAUAUUCCCUUUAUUUCCCUUACCAAUUGUUUAAUCAUAUAAACAACAAAAAUGAAAUAAAAUUAGAUUUUAAAUUCAAGUACGCCUUUGCUCGCGCAAGUUCCGAUUUUCUGAAUCGAAAAUUUGCAGUCAAACCAAACUCUGUUGACUCAAGUCAGUUGAAGCUAUUGCGAAAGGAUUUUCUUGAAUCUUGGUUAAUCCCUGCAAAGAAAUUAGUAUACUUUUCUUGUGAAGAACCCUUUUUUUAUUGAACUCUUUAUUCCCUCGGCAUCUUCAAAUACCCGUUUCAAAAUUUGGGCAUUUUUUGUCUUUUAUUAAGCACUUUCUCUUUUGCAGGAAUUUCUUCAAUUAGCUGUCUUCGCGGAGCUUUACUACUUCAGCUAUCCCGAAUUUCAGUUGGAGAGCCAAUGUCGCAAGGGUAUGCUAUUGAACUUUACUUUGAUCCCGCCCUCGAGAAUCAGGUCUUGAAAGCAUGGAAUGUAUUGGCUCGGCGGCAGAUCAGCACUCAGUUGAUUGAGAUUGAAUCCAGGCCCCACAUUACUUUGUUCACAAGCCCUUUUGUUGACAUUGCUAAGCUAGAGAAUGUGUUGAGAAACUUUGCUGCAAAGCAAGAGCCUUUGGCUGUGUCCUUCUCCUCAAUCGGGAGCUUCCCCAGCGACAACAAUGUCUUGUUUCUCGCCCCAACCCCGUCUCUGUCUCUCCUCCAAUUUCACUCCCAAUUGUGUGAUGCAAUGAAGAAAGAAGGUGUUGAAGUUGGGGAUGAGCAGCGCCCGGAUACAUGGAUACCUUACUGUUCUGUGGCUGAGGAAGUCCCAAAGACUCGUAUGGCUGAGGCUUUUACUGUCCUGCGUGAUCUGAAGAUGCCGGUCAGUGGAUAUGCAGUGGAGGUUUCAUUGGUUGAGUACUCGCCCGUCCGUGAACUCUUCUCUUUCACUCUGGGUACGCAUCAUAUCAGUGAGAUUUGAGGCCAUCCCUUCUGUUGCUGUUGAAUUAGGUUUUACAUUUACAUGUCAUAGAAGGAUGGCCCUUAUAAGUCGAACUGCCCUUGCUGCUGCUGCAGUUAUGUGAACAUCAUUGUGUUGUAACAUAUUGUCUCAUCAAAUCAAGAACUAUCUCAAUGUUAUGGAUAUCUUUUGAGAGUUUUGUCUGCA